AUGGCAGCCCUGCUGGCCGAGACCUCUCCCAGUCCUGCUGCUCACGGGGAGCCAGUCCUGACCUCCACAAAGCCACACACCUUCCUCACCCCGAGGCUCCAAGCCACAGCCCUGGUCUUUCCUUUUGGCCCUACUGGUCACAGCCCUGUGUGCCUGGCUGCCUUCCUCCUCGUAUUCCUGGGCCGGGCCUGGAUCCUAGCGGUCCUCGACCUGGUCCGGCUCCAUGGAGACAGAAACACACCUGCGGCAGGAGGCCACUGCUCUGCCUGGGUCCGCAACCGGGCCAUCCGGACACAUAUCCGUGACCACCUCCCCAUCUCGGCGAGGCACUCGGGAACGCUGGUUAAAACCGCAGACCCGGCUCCCUCCUGGAACUACCUCUUUGGCUUCCACCCUCACGAGGUCCUGGUCAGCGGGGCCUGCAGCAACUUCUGCGCAGAGGCCACUGGCUUCUCCCACCUCUUCCCUCACCUCCAGCCCCACCUGCUCACGCUGCCCUGUUGGUCCCAGCUCCCUGUCUUCCGGGACUACAUCAUGACCAGUGUCCUGGACAAGGCCAGCGCCUCCUAUCUCUUGUCCCUGCCCGGGGGCCUCCUGGCCGUGGGAGGGCCCCUGGAGGCGUGGCAGGCAAAGCCCGGAGCGCUGAGCUUGCGAAUCCGGAAUCAGAAGAGAUUUGUCAAGUUGGCGCUGGAAGAGGGCGGCAACUAGCUCAUCCAGCAGUUUCCGAACCCGCCGGGCUCAUGGCUGCGAGGAACACAGGAAGCGCUGCAGCCACUGCUGAGAGUGGCCCUGCGCUCGCUGUUCCACGCCCCCCGGGGCCUCCUCCUGCCCUUCCGCACGCCCACCCACACCGUCGGCGAGCCCCGGCCUCUACCCGCUCCGCUAUCCGGCCCGCCCGCCUGCUCCUCCCGGGCUGAAGGCCCCUGCACCCUCCCCGCGCCAGGAGGUGAAGGUCCCCCCGGUUGGCGCCUGAAAUCCUGGAUUCCGGCCACGCCUCCAGGCUGCCUUUGGCAACCGCGCCAGCCCCGACCACCCCUCUGGCCUCCUGUUCCGCCCACAGUGGGGGCCCCGAUCCCGGCGCAGCGAACCCCGCGGCCCAGCCGGGCGCAGGAGGACGCGCAGCACGAGGUCUACUUGGAGCGGCUCAAGCAGCUGUUGAAAGAGCAAAAGGCGCGCCCUGGCGUCCCUGCCGACAGGCACCUCCCCCCACCUAACACGCCGCCGGCCCCCAGCGGUGCCCUCGGUGACAGCGGGUGGGGACCGAAACUAAAGGUGGGUACAGACCUGCGGGGGGUGUGUGUUUGUACUUGGCGGGGGAAGUCCGCGCGCCUGGCCGGGCCUCGGAGGGGACCAGACACUCCUGGAGACCCGCAGACACACCCGGGGCGCGCGUCCAGGAUCUGACGUCCGCACUCGAGAUCAAAGAGUCUCGGCUGGGACCCAGUCGGUGGGCUCUCCGGCUUCUUCUGCGACCGCUCCCCACAACGAUUCCUAAGGCACGCGGGGGUGGACCUCCAUCGCACGGCCCCUACCCCGGCUCCCAGCCCCGCCCAGCGGCCAGCCCAGACCUACCGUCUGGAGUUCAAAGAUCAGUGUGUGAAGACCUGUGGCGCUGCGGAUCCCAAGGUCUCCCCAUCCACACAGCCCUCUACAAGCAACCCCGGGAGGCCCCAGGGGUGUGGCCACUCAGACGAGAAAGGCUUCCCCG